GGCCCUCCUCCCAUCAUCUGAGGUCCGUACGGUGGUUCUCUCUUCCCAUUGUCAGUGUGACUCAUUGGCUUCGUGUGCGACGGUCCAGCCUACGUGUUCAAUUGCUUUAAACGUUAUUUCUUUUUGCCAAUUUUUGCUUCCGUCCGCCCGUUAGUGUCAGUGUCAGUGUCACACGGACGUCGACGACCACUCGAGAAAGCCUCUUCCUCUCCUCCCCUCCGGAGGAAAACGCUCGACUUUUUCCAUUCAAGUCGCGAGUAGAACUGAAGAGUAGAACUCGGCUUAGAACCGAAAGAAUCCUCCACGGACGACAGAUGCGAUCGAGCGUGUACAGCUCGGCGAAUAUACAUCCUCGUGUAUCGUCAUCGAUGAACGAGACGACGAUGAUCCCUUGGCGCGAGUACUCACAGCUGUCUGUUAACUCGGAAUUCUCCUGAAAGCCUCCUGGAUUCUGGCUAGCUUGUUCGUCGAUUGGGUAAAUUUGGUGGAUUGUAUCGGUUCGUCUCGUAUCCGUUAUCUCGAGGAUGAUCUUCGCGGCUUCCACGUGGUUAUGUAAUCUUCUUGGAUCGAGGAACUUCGAGCUUGCAGUUGCACUCUGAGAAGGAGGCAGGAGAAUCCAACACCGACAGUAUUGUCGACGUUCAAACAAUUGUAACAAAAUUGGUCCAGUUAGCCGAAAGAUUGAAACGAUGGCUAAUCAAUCGACGAAGAAAGAACUGCUGGAGGAAGCUCUUCAUUAUCAUCCGGAUGGUGGCGAGGAGGAAGUGGACAAAGAAUGGGAGGAAUUCAGCAGGCUAAUGGCGAAAUUGCGAGAAAAUCGCCGAAACAGACCGCACAGUUUUCUUUCAUCUUAAUUUCCUCCAAGUCAGAAGCUUCAGUCAUCGACAGUUCCACCGUUUCAGGUCUUUUUUUUUUCGCGAAUUUUUACGGUAGCGUGGACGUUAGAGCGACCUUUGAACAGUUGCCAAGUGGGCAAGAGGCUACAUUUUAA